AUGUCUGCCCUGGCGGCGCAAACCCACUUCCUACAAUACGCCUUCCAAUCUGCAAGCCUCGCACUACUCUACUACGACUAUAUUCUCACCUUCCCGUCGGAAGUCCGCCACAUCUGGCGAAUACCCACUAAUUGGCCAUGGCGCGGCUCAAUCCGCGGUUCCCUCAGCACGAUACUCUAUGUUCUCUGCCGUUAUGCUUUGCUGGCAAACCUAUUAUAUUUCUUGGCGAUAUCCGGUACAUUCGGGGGAGGAGGCUCAUGCGACGCGGCGUAUAAGGUCAUCGGCGUCGUGAGCGUGUUGGGGAGGGCUGCCGUUGUUUCUACGUUUCUGCUGCGGACCUGGGUGGUCUGCGCACGCAACCUUGCCGUACUCAUUGUCCUCGGUGCCAUGGCGCUGAUGAUCUUCAUCCUCGACUGCAUCCACGUACCAGGACUCCGCUGCCACGGCUCUUCCUCAAUCCAGAUAGCAAACGACCUCCUCUCAAUCUUCGUCUGCAUCUUUGAAGGCCUCGCCACGCUCCUCACGCUCGCACGAACGGCCCAAGCUGCAUUCAUGCGCAAAAGGUCGCCCUCUCGUGCACUCGAAGCUUUACUAGCCGAGCAAAGUGCGGUAUACUUUGUCUUGGUGUCUGCAUUCACUGUCGGCGCGACGGUGUUGAACUUCAAAGCACCGGGUGGCUUUUUUCAACGCUUACUCAACGCAAUCACUCUCCCACUAUCUGGCCUUCUAACAGCCCGCUUCCUACUCCUCCUACGCGCCCAAAGGCCCUUCAAGCCCACAGCAAGACUAGGCCACGAAGACGCCGAAGCAAACUCACCAAGCGCUUCCGCGCGCGAGCAAUCUGAGGUUGCUGUUGCCGUAGCUGCCACGGGCUUGUCGAGUGUAUGGGACGAGUUCGGCGACGAUCCUGUGACUCCCAUAAGCCCUGUGAGGGAGAGGAAAGGGAGCGCAGGCAGUACCGCUGUGGAAGGUCGGGAUGGGGAGAGGGGAAACUUGGAGACUAUUGAAGAGGAGCAUAGUAGGGAUAGACGGUUUCCUGAGUUUGUUGUUGGUAGUUCUAGCUUUCAACGCGCCGCCGACGAGCACUGGUUACCGCUGUCCGUCAUGUUCGAUCCGGUCGCCUACACUCAAACAUCCGCAGCUGUAUGGGGGAAGAUUGUCAGGUCUCGGUUUUCGCCUAUCGGGACGAGCGCUGAACGCUUGGACAUGCUUGAACUUGAGCUACAAACCAUGCGCACCUUCUACGCUGUGGCUUCGAAGGCUCGUAACUCGGCGGUACCUGCGUGUUGCCUACCCUCGGAAGUACUAGGAACAAUAUUUUCGUUUGCCCAGGAUGGCUGGCCACCCCAUCAUUGGUUUGCGAAUGACACGCCGUUUCACGACCCUGAUGCGCCAUUGAGAUACUUUCUUGGAUGGAUCUCAAUAACCCAUGUAUGCACGCGAUGGAGGCAGGUCGCAUUUAACUCUCCCCAUCUGUGGCAGGACCUAGAUUGUAUUCACCUGGAUCCCCGGAGGGCAGCGGACUACCUCCUUCUCUCCGGACGCCUACCUCUCUAUUUGACACUCACCGAGGAAAGCGUGGCUUACCAAGUUACCAAGGACGCUCCCGUUGUAGCAGGGAACUGGAUUACCAAGUCUACGUUACAGCGUACGGAGCAGCUGGACAUUCGAUUUGAGCAGCACAGGUUUGAGGAGUGGGCUUCGUGUUUGGAACUUCCGGCCCCCGCUCUCAAAAGAUUGAGCAUCACUAUGCCAAGCAUCAGCGAAUCUCCUUUUCCGCUGAGUCGCAAGAUCUUCGCUUCGCAAUGCCCACCGCUUUUGACGCACCUUCAUCUGGACGGCUGUACUAUACGUUGGAGCUCUCCAUUGUUUUCUCCCAAUCUUACCCAUCUCCGCCUCGGGACCUCCGACUUCAUCUCAUCCCAGGACCAUCUUCCGACAGUCGGUCAGCUACAGUACCUGAUUUCUCGAAUGCCCGCUCUUCAGGACCUUCAGCUUGACAGUUUCCUACCCCGACAAACCCGGGCCGAAGCUGAAACCAUGCGUCUCUCACCUCCCUUCAAGAGAUUGCGCAUAACCCUUUCGACUCACGAAGUGUUCGAACGUUACGCGUACUUCUUCAGACACUUCACUUUCGCCCCGACCACAGUCGUUGUCUCGGACUUAUGGAUCGAUGAGUUCGCAAGCGCAGACGAGGACGAUGAGGAAGAAGACCACGACGAUGUCGUCAAGGCCUUUGGGCCUCUUUUCGACAACGCUCCACCGCCUCUCGAAUUGUCCAUAGCAUACGAACACGUCACCACCCGUUACACCCCUUUUCCACCUCUGGACGAAUGGGUUAGUCACGUUCAAGGCGACAUGAAGCGUGGUCACGAGAAACGGGAAGACCCUAUCCACGGCAGCCGGCAUCUAUUCGCUCACGCAAACUUUCUGCUCUAUGUGGAUUACUGGCCUCUUCAAGACUUGCACACUAUCACUCUAUGUUCCGAGACGAUGGCACAAUACAAGGACAUGACGAUGUGGACGACGCGCUUCGCGGACGCUCAAGCAGUACAGCGAAUCGCCGUCCCCUACCUGGACAGCCUCACGCUCUUUUACGCCUUGACUGAGAUGCAAACCGACCCAGUCGACGGGAGCCAGUUCGCGCUCUUCCCUCGUUUGGAAGAGGUGGUUCUCGUCGGAGACAAGGACGAAUCGAAGAUGAAUGCGCUUCACGCACCGUUGGAUGUCUCGCUGUUGGACGUCCUUCACACACGAAGGGAGAGAGGAGCGCCGAUCUCACAAUUGGCUGUCGACGGGGCGAUGUGGACAUGGGACAUAUGGAGUAGAGCUGUCGCAGCGGGCACCCCAGCACGAUACUUUACUUGA